AUGAAGGCCGCUUUCUCCCUCCUUACCCUGCUGGCUGCUAUCCCUGCAGCUCUCGCUGCCGGAUACUGCACUCCUGGCGUUGAAUACUGUGGCACAACUCUGUCUACGAUGGGCAUGUACCUUCUCCAUCCUCACCUGCGAUGGACCGUGAAUGAGCUCCACGAUAUCACGGCGGAUGGCGACGCUUUCAACAUGACCCAGCUGAGUCGCACGCUGUUCUACUGUGAGCGAGAGGACUUGCUUGAUGUUGCGACAACCUGCGAUGGUCAAUGCAUUCAGUCCCAGCGGGGAGGUCCGGACUUCUGCGAGAUUAUAGCUGGCAUUACAGCUAAAUCACUCCCGCACCUUCUCUCAAUUACGUUGUUGCUUUUCGAGGUAUGCUUCUGCAGAGGCUAUACUGCCAUGGAAUCGCCUAUCACCCCGUCGUUUGCCUAUCAUCCCGGCGAAAUCAUCCUGGGGGUGGCGUCACAUCUCAGCGUCUCCGACCUCAACGCUCUCAUCCAGACGGCCCAUCGUUUUCACGAGCUCCUCUCGCAGACGCUGUAUGAUCGGGCGCCCGCGUUGAUCAGAAACGAUGGCGACACGCCCCUGAUCUGGGCAGCUAGGCAGGGCCAAGUCUCCUGCGUUCAGAAGCUCGUGGAGCGAGACCCUGAUCCCGCAAGACUCAUCGAUGGCCGAGCUGCCAUACAUGAUGCCGCGGCGGCAGGGCAGGAGCAAAUUGUCGCGGUCCUGCUGGAAGCCGGCGUGCCCGUCUCCCUACCCGAUAGCGAUGGCCGCACGCCCCUGGAAUGGGCGGCGGCUCAUGACCAGGGACAGGUCCUUCGCCGACUUCUCGCAUCCGGCGCGGGGGAUGUGGCCGCCCCAUCGGAGGAGGACUGGGAAUGGGGAUGUGCCUUUGAAGCUGCGGUGUCGCACGGCCAUGAAUCGGUGGCUCGCAUUCUUCUCGAGGCCGGCGCCAGCAUCGCCCGGGACCACCCGGCCUUCCCAAUGAUUCACGAGGCUAUUAACGCCAAACUACGUUUGGCCUUGUACCUGGGAAGAUGCGAAAUGGUUAUGCUCGCGCUGGAAUUCGGUGCCGACGCGCAUCUCCUUCGCCGAGGGAACCUGCUCCCGUUGCAUAUAGCGGCGUCGCACGGACACAUGGAUGCGGUCCUGCUCCUGCUCCAGCACGGCGCCGAUAUCGCCGCCGUUGAUGAGCAGGGCGAUGCGGCUAUCCACCACGCAGCCGCCGGGGGCAGCGUGGAGGUCGUGAAAUUCCUACUGGACCAGGGUGUCCCAGUGGACAUACGUGGGGACGCCGAAAACACGGUCUUACUAAAUGCAGUGAUCUAUCGACAACCCGCGGUCAUUCAGUUGCUGCUCGAGGCAGGAGCGGAUGUGACCCUGACCGAAGCGAGCGGCCAUAACGCCCUCGCUCUGGCCGCGUACUGUGGGACGAUCGAGAUCGUGGAGUUACUGCUCGCCCACGGAGCUGCAGUGGACGUGCUGGGGCCGGAUGACCGAACCGUCCUGCAUGCGGCCGUGGAGGGAGCCAAUCCAGAUGUUGUCCCCUCGCUAUGUCGCGCAGGCGCUGCGAUCAAUGCUUUAAGUGCGUCGGGAAACACGGCCCUUCAUUUGGCGGCACUUCAAGGACGUACUGCAUUUGCCCGCCUGCUUCUGGAGAUGGGGGCAGACUUGUCCGUCUCGCCGGAGGAUGGACGAACGGCGCUACAUUACGCUGCCAUUGCUGGACAGACUGAGCUCGUACAACUGCUCGUGGAUGCUGGCGCCAGAGUAGACGCCAUCCAUCGUAACGGAGGCCAUACGGCCCUGCACUAUGCCGCCGUCCAUGGAAAUACCGAUGCAUUUCGGGUUCUCCUGGACGCGGCCGAAGUCCAGAAAGUGGAUUUGCUUAGCCCCUGCUGGUGCGGAGGCACCAUUUUGUCCAAGGCCGCGACCGAAGGUCACCGAGGCAUUAUUGAGCUGAUAGUGGAACGAGGCGUGGAUGUAACACAGUGCUAUGAUGGGUCAUCCGCCCUGCACGCGGCGGCGGCGGCGGGACAGACCAACCUCGUCGAGUUCCUGUUGUCCAUAGGGGCUGAUCCGUUGCAACUAGACUGGUUCGGCCGAUCCUCCGUGGACUGGGCCGCUCGACAUCUCCCUACGCUGGAGAAGCUGAUAGGAGAUGCGCUUCCAUCGGCCCCUUCACUCGACGAGGAGAAACGGACGUCAGCCCUAAAGAAGGGAAUCACCACGCUUGCCACCCGAGCCCUAACGGAGGGAAAGUCGGCCUCGUACCGGCUGGGGAAGUGCCUGCAGUACAUGAAAGAUGUCGCCGCGGCCCGCAUGGCAUUUCUAUACGAUGCGAACGCCGAUCCUAGCUUCCCAGACGGUGCCUGGGCCGUAUGCGAUCUCUGUGGGGAGAAACCAGCUGUCUCCGAAGGACGAUUUGUGUGUCAAACCUGUCCCGAUAUCGAUCUCUGUGGCCCGUGUGUGGACCGCUACUACCAGGAGAGGCUUCAAAUUCGGUUGUGUGAUGGACAUGAAUUUUUAGAGGUUCAGGCCUCUAGCGAAGAGCUCCUGGAUAUACAGCCAAAGGAAUGCAGGGAGUCGUGGCUCCGCUGUCUCAUUACAAAAAGGUGGGCUGAACUUCCCCUCGACCCGAAUCAACUGACGUUCGCCAGUGCAGCGGGAACAGUCGCCAAUGCAACUGGCCUGAACAACUUAAACGGCAAGUCCCAUGACCAGCCAGAUAACCAUGAGCUUACAGAAAGUAGAGGCCCUGAAAAGGGGUACAUUGAGGCGUUGGAGCUACGAUUGCGAGAUACUGAGAAUUUGCUGCUUCAACUUCUCCCCCAAGUUUCAGAUGACCAGUUAUCUACAUCUUUGGUGCGAAACCCAUCGACCGAGGAUGGCAACAGCAGGGAGCCAUUGUCUGGGCUAUUCGCCCGACCAGCUAAGCGGGGAACCGAGUACUGGAAGAAGUUUCCCCUUGAUACAGUCCAGAAUGUGCGCGAUUGGCAGUAUGACUGUCUGAAAAACGAGCAAUAUUGCUCUACUAGCAAGGGGGCUGUCCUAGAAAGCAGAAUGGCUGCCCCUUCGACCGGAACAUUCGAAUCCAGAAGUUCAAAACACCGGGCAUCACAAGUCGAUGUAGGACUGGAGACGACCGAACUCGACAGCUCUCCUUAUCCAUCUUUGGGCGCGCUCUUACCAGCCGAUGCGUCAUCUGAUGUGACCAGCCCAACACCUCGGCUCGAGAUGAGACGCCAAUCGCAUCAUUUGGCCGCCGCUGCUCCUCCAGCAGCGCAGACUCAUACCAUGGACACCCGACAGCCAGACGGUCCCAAGACCGAUGGCCCAAGUUAUUGGAGUGAAGCGCCUUCGCUUACCUUUCAGGACCAAUUCCUGUGGUAG